ACAAUAUCUUUGUUGAAAGAGUAAUUAAGUUUUUAUGGCCGGAAGCUUAAUUAAAGACCCUUGAAAUACAGAAAGAGGGUGUGGCACUUAAUUUGCUUUGUUUACUGAGGAGAGAAUUUGACAGAGUUUGAAAGAAGCUUCAAUGGCUGAACAAGAUUCAGAUGCUCAAAAGAAGUUAGCCGAGGACUUAUGGAAGGCUGUAGACAAUAAUGAUGUCACCAAAGUUAGGUCCCUGUUGGGACAGGGGGCAGACCCCAACCACAAGCUCUACUGGAGUGACGAGUGGGCGGGUUAUAAGCUGCCUCCAUUACACAGGGCUUGCAGGUGGGGCCACCUUGAGAUUGUGAAGACACUUGUUACUCAUGGAGCUCGUACUGAUGAAGCUGGUGGGUGGUUUAACUUGAUUCCACUUAACUGGGCAUGCUGGAGAGGUCAUAAAGAAGUGGUCAAGUACCUUUUCCGCGAGCUUGGACUUAGCACUGUGCUCUGUUCCACAACAGAUGUGAGGGAUAAGGAUAACAAGACUCCUCUUCACUGGGCUUGUGAGGGAGGAAAUACAGACGUGGCACAGUAUCUGGUGGAGCAACUGAAGAUGGAUGUUGAUGUGAGGGAGGAUGACAACUGGACCCCUCUCCACUAUGCAUGCUGCGAGGGACGCAAAGAUGUGGUGCAGUACUUGGUGGAGAAGGCCAACUGUGAUAUCAGUGUAACUAACGAUGAUGGCGAGACUCCUCUUGACUUUGCUACACAGGAGGGUCACACUGAAAUUGCUGACUACCUCAAGUCUCUACCACAACAAUCUGCUAUGACUGGAGACACUGACUCCAGGAGUGACGAGAAUGGACCACCACCAACAAAGAAACGAAAAAAUACCCAGCCAGUGACUCAGAGAGUGUGUCCUAACUGUGAGGAGAGCUGUCACAUCCGCUGCAAGAAAUGUCCCGAAUGUGAGCACGAGUUCCCUCCUUCCACUAAGAGCAGGGCCAAACCUGACAAGGAUAUUGUGAAAAACCCUUCAAACCUACUGCAGAUACUACAGAAAAAGGUGGACCAACUGUCUCUGUUAGGGUUUGACAUUGUCGUACUAGUGCACAGAGAUUCAAGCAAAUCACAUGACUCCUCUACCACGUCACACGACACGCCCAGUCGCUCACGCCACACCUACAGGAAGUUUGUCACCUCUGGACUAGCCGAGAGCUUUGUUGAAUCUCCUCUGGUGUACGGCAGUUGGAAAGAUUUCUGUAGCUCUGACAAGACCUCAACUGGACACGCUCAGAAAUCCAAGAGCAAAACUAACCCACGAAAGAAAAAAGGAGUACAAACGAAUACUACUACUACCACUCAGGAGGGGGACAGAUCACAUGAUACGAGUGCAGUAUCACAUGACCAAAACAACGGAUCUCAAGACAGCAAUGGUCCCAAUACUCAAUCACAAGCAGCACAAAGCUCUACUGCUCCACUCUCUAUUAGUGACUUGACACCACUCUUGACACCACUCUGGAAUACAAUAUCUUCUCUUCGCCAACAAGUGGAAUCCAUGCAGUCAGCCCCGCCCACUCAUGGUUCACCAGCGUACCCUCAACACAUGUACCCCUCAGCUACUGGUUUAAUGAGCACAGGGCAAUCGACCUUUGUACCCGGGGGUGGUUCAUUCAAUACACCACUCCCCAACCAUUUCACUGGACCUUCUUCACACAACUCAAUGCUGGGACAGUCAUCACGAUUUAAUUUGAAUCCCGUGUCCUUCCCAAUGUUUCCAUUUUCACCUGCUCCAGCAAAUUAUCAUUUCCCUUUACCUAUUAUACCGUUAGAGUCAUCUAGGCAACCAAUGAACUCUGACCCCAACACUGACUCAAUAGAUUCACAGCAAUAGAAUAAUUAAUUUGUUUUUGUUUACCUUCAGUUGGAAUGCAUACCAAUGCAUAUCAGGGAAUUUAUUUCAGUUCAAGCUUUCUAGUUUAGUGACCCUUUUGUUGUUUGUUUGGUUUUGGUUGUGAUAUUUUGUUUGAGGAUCCUUA